CACACACCGCGGAGCUCGGUCCAUCUCUUCCCGCAGCUAGCUAACCCCGCAAGCAAAGGCCACUGCGGGAAAGAUGGCGACGGAAAAAACCAAACAUGAAGGAAGAGUUAAAAUAGGACAUUACAUUCUCGGAGACACGCUCGGAGUGGGGACAUUUGGAAAGGUUAAAGUGGGCCAACAUGAGCUGACCAAACACCAAGUUGCGGUGAAGAUCUUGAACAGGCAGAAGAUCCGCAGUUUGGACGUGGUGGGAAAGAUCCGCAGGGAGAUCCAGAACCUCAAGCUUUUCAGGCACCCUCACAUAAUUAAACUGUAUCAGGUUAUUAGCACCCCUACAGAUAUCUUCAUGGUGAUGGAGUAUGUCUCAGGAGGAGAGCUUUUCGACUACAUCUGCAAAAAUGGAAAGUUGGAUGAAAAGGAGAGCCGUCGGCUGUUCCAGCAGAUUAUUUCAGCAGUAGAUUACUGCCACAGACACAUGGUGGUGCACCGAGACCUCAAACCAGAAAAUGUGCUGCUGGAUGCGCACAUGAAUGCCAAGAUUGCAGACUUUGGUUUAUCAAACAUGAUGUCUGAUGGGGAGUUCCUACGUACAAGCUGUGGUUCUCCAAACUAUGCUGCUCCUGAGGUUAUCUCAGGAAGGUUAUAUGCUGGUCCAGAGGUGGAUAUCUGGAGCAGCGGGGUCAUUCUCUAUGCCUUGUUGUGCGGGACACUUCCUUUCGACGACGACCAUGUGCCAACACUCUUUAAGAAGAUCUGUGAUGGGAUCUUUUUCACCCCCCAGUAUCUGAACCCUUCAGUAAUAAGCCUCCUUAAACACAUGCUGCAGGUGGACCCCAUGAAAAGAGCCACCAUCAAAGAGAUCAGAGAGGAUGAUUGGUUCAAACAGGACCUACCCAAGUACUUGUUCCCUGAGGACCCCUCCUACAGCAACAACAUGAUUGACGACGAGGCCCUGAAGGAGGUCUGUGAGAAGUUUGAGUGCACGGAGGAGGAGGUCCUGUCCUGCAUAUACAGUCGCAACCACCAAGAUCCAUUGGCUGUUGCCUACCAUCUCAUUAUCGACAAUCGUCGCAUCAUGAAUGAAGCCAAGGACUUCUACCUGGCGUCCAGCCCUCCCGACUCUUUCCUAGAUGACCAGCACCUAACCUCGUCAGCUGUGGGCAUUUUGAAGCCCCACCCUGAGCGUGUACCCUUCCUCGUGGCGGAGACUCCUCCCAGGCCUCGCCACACACUGGACGAACUAAACCCCCAGAAGGUUAAGCACCAGGGUGUUAGAAGGGCCAAGUGGCACCUGGGUAUCCGCAGCCAGAGCAGGCCCAAUGACAUCAUGUCAGAAGUGUGUCGUGCCAUGAAACAGCUGGAUUAUGAGUGGAAGGUUGUGAAUCCAUAUUAUUUACGUGUGAGAAGGAAGAACCCGAUUACUGGGAUGCAAACCAAGAUGAGCCUUCAACUCUACCAGGUGGACAGUAGGACCUACCUCCUUGACUUUCGUAGCAUAGACGAUGAUAUGUUGGAGACAAAAUCUGGAACUGCUACUCCUCUCCGCUCUGGAUCUGUGGGCAACUACCGCACCACAAUUAAGAACGAUGUAGAUGGUGCAGAAGCUCCAGCUACGUCUAGCGCUGUGCAUCCCACCAAGGCCGCAGAAGGCUCAUUAGCUUCAUCGUUGACCUCAUCCAUCGACUCAACGGGAGGAGCGGACAUUGCGUCCGUCCCUCGACCAGGAAGCCACACCAUCGAGUUCUUUGAGAUGUGCGCAAAUCUUAUUAAACUUCUUGCACGAUAGCUUGCAAAACAAUCGCUAGCCUUUUUCUCCUCUCCGAGUGUCUUUAUAGCAAUAAGCAUGCAACCGAUUCAUGGCUCAAUUCAUCCCGGCUGAGGAUGAAGCGAUUGUUCCAUGGCACUGAUGCAGGUUGGCGUUCCCUAAGCUGAAGGGACGUAUACUGAGCUGGCAGGAGAUGUAAGGGGUUAUUGAGAAAGAUGAAUGACAAGCUACUUUAAUAGCAAGGACAGAACAACAUUUAGGAGAAGGUUUUACAAUUUCCUGAUCAAUUUAAUAGCAAAUGUCCACAUCCCACCUAUACAUAUAUGCGCAAGUGAUUACACUGAAUUUUCUGUACUGUAGCCAGUGAGCACUGCUUUCCAGUACAGAGAACAAGAUCAAGUUUUUGCCUGCAGAGAAAGGAGGCCACAAGUUGAGUGUUUUGGUGUUUGGAUGGCAGUCGUAUAGGAUGCAGGAAGCACUUUUGCACAAGUUUCUUUUAUUUCCUGCUGCUCUUGUUUUUCUCUCAGUGGGGGAUCAGAAAAACGGUGCAGAUGUAUCGGGACGCUGCACUGGCUCUAACCAGGGCUGUCAUGCCCAUUCCGCUCAUUGGACUCUGAAGAAGUGCAAUGACCCCUGUAUUUCUGUCUUGUCAGGGACAAAAAGAAUGCUUCAUCAGAUUUAUGUUUGGUUUUCUUUCUUUUUUUUGUGAAUUUGUGUUGUCAGAGACUAAAUUUUCAUGGUUUUGUCCUUGUUGUAAAAAUCUGGUUGAAUCUGUCUGUCCCCUACAUUUUUAUAUAAAGACGUGAAUAUAUUUAUCAGUGCGUUAAGUGGACAGAGUGUUGGAUCUAUUGGAAAUAGAAAUGUGUUUUUUUCUUUCUUGCAUUAAGAUCUAUUGCUGGAUGGUAUAUAUUUUCCUUUUUUACUGUCUUGUUUUUAAAUCAAUAUCACAGUUUUGUUUCCUUCAAUCACAGUUAUUCUGAUACUUGAUUGUCUUUCCAGAUUAAUAUAGUCAUGGAAAAUACCUCUUACCAUUUAAGAGGUAUUUGCCAUGACGGUCAAAAUCCAGAAUUAUAUCAUUUUCAGUGUCACAUAUUAAAAUGACAACUUGAUUUUGACUUUAUUUUUCAUUGUAUUUUCUCUAUUUCUUGUUUUAUUAGCAGAUUAAUGAUUAGGAUUUGAGUAUGAUAACUGAGUGAAAUGCCUUUUGCCUACAUUCAAUUCGUAAAUGCCAAUUCAUCACAAGUGUGUGUAUAGACCUCAGGUCUCAAUUUGAAAAUUAGUAAUAGCGAUUACAUGCAUUGCAUGGACAAUGUAUUGGCAGGAGAAUACAUCCAAAACAUUGCCAUUUUUGGGUAUGUUUGUUUGACUGCCCACACAUUCCCUUGAAGGUUAACCUUGGAAACAAAAGGUUUACAUACUGUAUGUUUAAACCUGAAACAGACUUGUGAGCUCGAAACUAUAAAGUCCUGCGUGGGUACACGUAUUACAAUUCUGAUAAAUGGAAAAAACAAAAACCCAUCAUACACAGCAUUAAGAUCAUGAAUGUGUGGCUGAUUUUAUAUUUGAUUAAAAACAGCCAGACAGAACCUUAUACUUGCGAGUUCACAAAGUGUUAAGUCUUUAUUCGUAAGUAUGAUGCGUCUUCCUCCAUUUCUGUUCCAGAGUCUUAACGUUUUACAGUAAGUGAUUUCUGUUGUUUGGCUGCCUUAUCAUUAUCAGUACUGUUAAAUCGGUUUUUAUGUCAUUAAAAGUCUGAAAUCAGUCCUGGUCAGAAUUAUUGGCACAUUUUACAAUUUUAAGGAUUCAAGUCCACAAAUUAUUGUCAGUGUUGUUAAUUCACAAUAAAUGUUUGUUUAAAAAAAAAAAUCACAUUAUUUUAAGUGUUGGCAUUUCAAAAUUCUCAAAAGCAGAACUUAAAAUAAACAUCUGAUUGUAUUCUUGCCAAACUGUUGUAGACCUCAGUAACUGCUACCAUCUUUCACUAAUGGUAAUAGGAAAACACAACUGAGCCAGGAUUGAAAUACCUUUUGGAUGUUUUCAUAGUGAUAUCAAACACUUGUUAGUGUUAGGUUUUUUUACAUUCAUUAGGAGGUGUCAGCAGUUGCUGAAGUCUGGGUUUGGAGAGUUAAACUCUCUACAGCUUUAAACAUCUAAAUAUUUUGUUUGUAAAUGAUUUUACAUUUCACAUGACAAAAUCUUUAAAGAGUGACAAUAAUUGUGAUCGUCUUGUUUCUCUCGCUGUCCUGACAGGCAGGUUUGGACUGAACUCUUUAGUUGAUAUUUGACCUUAAUGUCUCAGUUUUAAACUAGAGUUUAUUACAUAUAGUGAUCAUGGUUAAUGAAUACACUAUGGUCUUUAAAGAUAUUGUAAAACUAAACAUUUUUUGUUUUGAAGGGAAGUUGCAAGCUCUUAUAACAAAACUUGUCAUGGGUUACAUGGUGGGUUUUGUGGGAAAGAGGAAUGUGUGAAAAAAUGACCUUUUGACAGCUUAUGGAGUAGUGUCCUAGUGGACUGUUAGCAGUUAAAUUCUGUCAGUCUGUUUGAACUGCUUCAAAUAAAUAUUGUUCUAUUUUUGUUUGGUGUGUAAAGGGACCCUACCAGAUUGAUCAGUGUAAAUCUGAAUGGACAGUGUUGAAAAUCAUUUGUAUACACAACUGCCUAAUAAACUGCUAAAUUGCACACAA